UUGUUAGGCAAUUUUGUUUCCUCAACUUGCCAUAAAAGGAGAAGUUAUAAUUUUAGUGUAGUUUUUAAUGUUUAUGGUAAAUUUUAGUGUAGUAAAAUGACUGCAAAACUUAAAAAGAUCGUCGAAGAGUCUAGAGAUACAAAAAAUCCCGAACUGGAUCUCGUUGAUCGAGGAAUCGUUAGCUUUUCAGAAGUCCCUGGGUUGAUGCAAUUACGACAUGUAACGAGGAUCACUGCCAGCCACAACAGGAUUGCAAGUAUUCCUGCUAAUAUCGCUGAUUUUGUCAAUUUGGAAAUCUUGAAUCUUUUCAACAACUGCAUUGAGGACUUACCUACAACACUAUGUACCAUGCCUAAGCUAAAGAUCUUGAAUGUUGGUAUGAAUAAGAUCAGUAGUUUGCCGCGAGGGUUUGGUGCAUUUCCUGUUCUUGAGGUUCUUGAUCUGACAUACAACAAUCUCAAUGAACAGAGUCUGUCAGCGAACUUCUUCUGUUUAGAUACACUGAGAGCUUUAUACCUUGGUGACAAUGACUUCGAAACCUUACCGACGGACAUUGGCCAUCUGAAAAACCUGCAAACACUGUGUCUGAGAGAGAACGAUCUGGUCAUGCUACCGAAGGAAGUCGGUGAUCUCCACAGACUCCGAGAACUGCAUAUCCAAGGCAACAGACUCACCGUGCUGCCUCCCGAGAUUGGGAAUCUGGAUUUAGUUGGGAUGAAGCAGGUCUUCAAGGCAGACAACAACCCGUGGGUAACACCAAUUGCCGACCAGUUUCAAGUCGGGAUUUCUCACGUUUUUGAUUAUAUCCGAUCAGAUACAUACAAGUUUCUGUACGGUCGACACAUAGCUGCGGGUGCUAUCCCUCCUCCAAAGGCGACGGACAAAUCGAAGAAAAUCAGCCGUGUGCGGCCCAAGUGAAGUCGGGAAUUCCAGUUUUUAAUGGACACAUCAUCAUACAAUGAAGGGGAGAUAACCCUUUGCAUGCUUUAUACCGUAUCUCCAUAUUUAGUGCUACCAUUAUGCAUGUGGAAAGCUGACUCUGUAUCUGUGUAGGAGAUGUUAACUUUGACUCUUGUCUGUGGUAAACGGAGGUAAAUGGGUGUGUGUUGUUUAAAGUGACUGCAAUUACUGGAUGAAGGAUAAAAGGAUGGAAGUCUUUGAGGAGUUAAACUGAAGGUUGAUUUAGCAGCUUCACAGCAGUGGUAGAAACACUGGCAUAGCUGUGGUGGGGGGGAUGGGCUAUGACCCACCAUUUCACAUCUCUCUUUCAUUUUCCCCACCACCUUUCAUAUUUGCCCGUCGCCCCAUAACACUAUUCAUAGAUAGUUUGCCCCCUGCCUCUCCCCCCACCCCCAAUAUGAAAUCCUGGCUAUGCCAAUGGUAGAAACUAGCAUUAGUCUCCAUGUGACAAGGGAACAGAGCUGCUUGGAGACACAAACCAUUUAAAUGACACUAGUGCCCUAGGUGUGUUGGGUACGUUACAGUGUGAUUAUGAUGUAAUAACAUGUAAUACGAGUUGUAUUAUACAUGUAUUUCUUGGUCAGAUACAAAUGUUACAAAUCUGUUCCAUCGUGUAGUUCCAGCUGGUAUUGGGGGUGAGAAGGCUGAUGAUUUUUCACUGGUACUAGUAACUUCUCUUUAAGCUACUAAUUUUCUAUAGUCGUCCCACAAAGAACUCCCUUUUUUCAUGCUAUGGAAUUUACUAUCAGAUAUUUAUUCCUGAACUGAAUGAUUUGUCAAUUAACACACAGAAAUAGGUUUUGUUUUGGUUAUUUUCAAAGCACUUUUACAUUUCUUCUUAUGUCAAACCAAAGUGAAAUUAUUUUAAAAAAAACAAACAUUUUUUAUAGAAUGAUGGGACAAACUAUAGGGCAGCGGAUAUUAUUUUAAAAUUUCAACCCCUUUUCACAUGGCGAAACCUUUAUCCACUUUUCCUGCUAGACAGUAUAGAAAGGCAGUGCAAUAAAAAAUACAGUGAAAGA